AUGUCGGACGCGUACUGGGUCCCGCUGGGCGACAAACAAGCGGGGAUGCAUGCCGUAGCCAUCGCAGCGACCCUUUCGCUCUCCCUCGUCGUCCUCCUCGGCAGCUGGAUCGCCUGGCUUCUCUACCGGUACUACAACAAAAGUGCAGUGGAACGGGUCGACCACGAGACGCGGGCAAUCAAGUUCCUCGCGUCGAGCCAUGGCGUUCUCUUCCUCUCGCUGAUCACCGGUGACCUGUUACAAGGCAUCGGGUUCGCCAUGAACUACGGCUGGAUCACCCGCGGCGCUCUCCCCUCGUCCCUUCACCCAACACCGCUCUGCACGGCGCAAGCCGUCUUCAUCCAAGCAGGCGACCUCGGCUCCGCCUUCUCCUCCCUUGUGAUCUGCAUCAACCUCCUCUUCGUCCUCGUCUUCAAGAUCACGCCGUCGAUGAAGUGGAUUUGGGGCAUAUUGGCUGUCGAGUGGAUUGGUGUCGCGGUCAUGACAUUUGCGGGACCGCUGGCGAGACGCGGUGCCGAGGUGCCGUUUUACGGUCCUGCCGGUGGAUGGUGCUGGAUGAACACGCCAUACCAGCGCGAGCGGCUCUACCUCCACUACCUCUGGGUCUUCAUCGUCGCCUUCUUCGACCUCCUUUUCUACUCUGUUAUCGCGAUUUACGUGGCGUGGCAAAGGCGGAGCUUGAGCCAGCAGCAGGUUAACGGCCCUGCGAAGGUCUGGCGGAUCAUGAUGCUUUUUCCGCUCGUCUACAUCGUGACCAUCCUCCCGCUCUCCAUCUACCGCCUCGCCUAUAUGACAGGUCACAAGCUCUCAAUCCACUACGCCCUCGGCGCAGGCUUCAUCUUCACCCUGUCCGGCGCCGCAAAUUGCUGCAUCUACGCCUUCACGCGCAAGAUCGUCUCGCUCGACGGGAUCGGCGAUGCGUUGAGACGAGGAAGCGGGAGUGGGUCGUUCGGCAAGUCGAUUGGCAAGCUCUCCCACCUCCCUCGGCCGUCUAUCUCGUUCGCCUCCUCCUCGCAAGGUCGCAGAGACUCCUUCCUCCCGCCCUUCUCCUCGCCCUUCACGCUCCUCAACUCCGCCCGCCGCAAAUCCUCCUCCGCAACGGCCACAUCAAUGACCGGAGCUUUGAGCGGUAUCCGCGUCGAAGUCGAGACGAACGUUCACGGUCGGUCGCCCAGCUCGUUCGGCCAGACCGGGUUAUUCGACUCGCCGCCUCUUACGCCCCUUUCGCCGAGGUUUGCAGGGAGCGGGAGGUUGCAGAGCUAUCAGCUUCGCUUCGACGGCGCACUGGGGGAAUCAGGGGAGGAGGAAGGGACGCCAAAAUCGGUUGAGCGGCCGUUCGCUCGGCUUGCGAGGCGAGAGAGCGAGGACGACCAGACGCUCGCGGAGGAGGACGAGGUACUUUUCGAAGAGCUGGACGAGGAGGACAGGAGGAGACGAGCGUCGAGCGGCCCGACUUUCACGGAGGAGAUGGUCUAG